CUAAGUUGCAGAGGCCCAGUAAACGGCCCAGAUCCAUCGCCACCCUUACCCAGUUAGACCCAUUCAUAAUUUUACAAAAAUGCUUGUUACUCCCCAGCAGUGACGCACAGCACGCGUCAGAAAAAAUGACGUCACCCCGCAAAAGUGGCCCUUUUUCUCUAUCCACACCAAGGUUUCUUCCUUCUUCCUUCCUCAAAAUUUUCCAACCAAUCAAAAUCAGUAAGUUUUUUCAUUGAUUAAUAGAAAAUCCCCCCAACUUACCAUAAAAUAACAAAAACCCAUAUAGAAACCCUUCCCUUUUCCCCCCUUUCCAUAAAAAAUCUCAACACUUAAAAUUAAUUAUCACCGAAAAAAAAUGAAGCAGACAAAAAGGGGUGGGUUUUGGGGCGGUGAGGAGUUUCAUGCAAAGAGGGAAAGAGUGGUAAUGAAGCUGCUGACCGGCCGAGCGUCGGCGGCGCGGCUUCAGUAUCUAUUGAGAGGGGAAGGGAGCUGCCCGGACGAGCUCGGGCAGCUUGCUGGGCAGAUAGCGAGAUCCUUCUCCGAGACGAUCUCCGAGAUGGGUUCGUGGCUCGGGUCGCUUCCGGCCGCCACCGUUGACUGCGGCGGCAAGAAGGGACCGACGAUGGUCAAAGAACGGAGGGGCUGUUACAAGAGGCGGAGGACAUCAGAUUCAUGGAUAGAAGAGUCUCCGACAACCGAGGACGGCUUCGCAUGGAGGAAAUAUGGACAAAAAGAAAUUAUGAAUUCUAACUAUCCAAGAUGCUAUUACAGGUGUACCCACAAGCACGAGGGUUGCAAAGCCACAAAGCAAGUGCAAAUGAUCAAAGACGAUCCCAUCACAUAUCAAACCACAUAUUUCAAUCGACACAUUUGUCGCGAACAAUCGAAUCAGCAUGUCACCGUGUGUUCGGACCCAGUGGACUCCAAUCUAAUUUGUUUUGACUUGAACAAUAUUCAACCAAAACAAGAUAACCAUUCCUUAAUUUCAACAGUUAUCCCUCAAGUUAAACAAGAAGCUAAUAACAAAGAUCAUCAUACCCAAAGUGAUGAUCAAGAUCUCAACUCUGAUGAAGUCAAAUCGACAUUGCAGGAUCCAUGGCAGGAUAUAGAUUCCGGGCUCGAACCCUUGGGAUACAAGCCCGAUUGUGGCAUGGGUAGCUUGCAUGAGCUUGAUGAAGAGGUUAAUCAGCUUGGUGAUAUAGAUUAUUCAUGGUAUAUGGAUUGAAUAUAUAUAUAUAUAUGUCAAUCUAUAUAGUAAAUGUUGUGUGUGAUAUUAGAAACCAAAGCAAUUUGUAUCUUCCAUGCAUGAUGUAUUAUAUAUCUUUGACAUGAUGCCUUAUCAAUUGGCCAUGUGACUUAUAAUUGUAAAAUUCAUAUGAAAUAAACAUAAAUUAAGAAGAAACAAUAUUGGAAAUAAA